CUCGCACACAGGUUGUGUGAAGUCUUUAUUGUCUGCCACUCCCUAUUUCUUAACUCACCGCUUGCCGCAAUCAUCAACGACUUUCACCUUCUAACGACCCCACGCUCCCUCACAAACAUGAAGCUCUCCGUGCUCUUUGCUAUCGUCCUUGUUAACUUCGCUGCUGCGACGUACGUCCCCCGUGCGGCGCCUGGCACGCAGUUCAUUACUGGCCCCUGCUCUGGCGAUAUCGACUGUGCCUCUGGCUGCUGUGGCUUCAAGAGUGGCAAAUGUGCCGGUGCUAUCGUCGCUCAGGAGCGCGAUGGAGGUUGCGGUUUCGGGGACCCACAGCCCAACGAUAACGCCGCUCGCAAGCUCCGGGGCGAGGCUCCUGCCUCCUCUGCUCCAGCAGUGUCUACCUCGUCCUCAUCUGCGGUUUCAGCCUCCUCUGCCCCGGCGGCUGUGUCUACCGUCUCUUCUGCGCCUACAACGCCCGCGCCUUCCGUCGCACCCGGCAGCCAGUUCAUCACUGGACCCUGUACGAGCGACGCUGAUUGCGCGUCGGGCUGCUGUGGUUUCAACACGGGCAAGUGCGCCGGGGCCAUUGUCGCACAGGAGCGUGACGGCGGUUGCGGCUUCGGCGAUGCUCAACCCAACGACAACGCUGCCCGUAAGCUGCGCGGUGAGGCUCCCGCCUCUUCCUCCGCUCCCGUGGCGUCUUCGUCCUCUGCUUCUGCAGCCUCCGUUUCCUCCACUGCGGUGGUGCCUUCGGCCAGCUCUGUUGCUCCUACUACGCCUGCACCCUCGGUCGCUCCUGGAAGCCAGUUCAUCACCGGUCCGUGCACCAGCGACGCGGAUUGCGCGUCGGGUUGCUGUGGCUUCAAGAGCGGCAAGUGCGCUGGCGCCAUUGUUGCGCAGGAGCGCGACGGUGGCUGUGGUUUUGGCGACGCUCAGCCCAACGACAACGCGGCUCGCAAGCUCCGGGGAGAGGCAUGAGUUGGUGUGUGGUCAUAAGUUGAGGAUCUAUGCAAGAUGUGGAAGGAUAGGAGUAAAUUAUUCGCAGACACUGUAGACUGAAUACAUCUUCAGUUCAUCGUCGCUGUAGUUAGUGUAGUAGUAUCAGUUGAACGAGCUUGCGGAAGCACUGAGCAAGGGUACCUAGAGAAUGCGCCACAGCGAACUCGUCCUGGC